AACAUGUGGAACGCGACCCCCGCCGAGGAGCUGGAGCCCAACCUCACCGUGGCAGAUCCGGACUGGGACGCAGCCCUGGGCAACGAGUCUCUGACGGAGCAGCUGCUGCUGCCCCUGUUCCCCGCGCCGCUGCUUGCGGGCGUCACGGCCACCUGCGUGGCCCUGUUCGCGGUAGGCAUCGCGGGCAACCUGCUCACCAUGCUGGUGGUGUCGCGCUUCCGGGAGCUACGCACGACCACCAACCUCUACCUAUCCAGCAUGGCCUUCUCUGAUCUGCUCAUCUUCCUGUGCAUGCCGCUGGACUUGGUCCGCCUGUGGCAGUACCGGCCCUGGAACUUUGGCGACCUGCUCUGCAAACUCUUCCAGUUCGUCAGCGAGAGCUGCACCUACGCCACGGUGCUCACCAUCACGGCGCUCAGCGUCGAGCGCUACUUCGCCAUCUGCUUCCCCUUGCGCGCCAAGGUGGUGGUCACCAAGGGCCGGGUGAAGUUGGUCAUCCUGGUGAUCUGGGCUGUGGCUUUCUGCAGCGCCGGGCCCAUCUUUGUGCUGGUCGGCGUGGAGCACGAGAACGGCACCGACCCGCGGGACACCAACGAGUGCCGCGCCACCGAGUUCGCCGUGCGCUCGGGGCUGCUCACCGUCAUGGUGUGGGUGUCCAGCGUCUUUUUCUUCCUGCCCGUCUUCUGCCUCACGGUCCUCUACAGCCUCAUUGGCAGGAAGCUGUGGCGGCGGCGCCGGGGCGAGGCAGCCGCCGGGGCCUCCCUCAGGGACCAGAACCACAAGCAGACGGUAAAGAUGCUCGCUGUAGUGGUGUUUGCUUUCAUCCUCUGCUGGCUUCCCUUCCACGUGGGGAGAUACUUGUUUUCUAAGUCCUUCGAGCCUGGCUCCCUAGAAAUUGCUCAGAUCAGCCAAUACUGCAACCUGGUGUCAUUCGUCCUCUUCUACCUCAGUGCUGCCAUCAACCCCAUUCUGUACAACAUCAUGUCCAAGAAGUACCGGAUGGCUGUGUUUAAACUCCUAGGAUUUGAAUCCUCCCAGAGAAAGAUGUCUACUCUGAAAGAUGAAAGUUCUCGGGCUUGGACAAAAUCUAGUAUCAACACAUGAUAGAGCACAUGUCCCAGUCCAGUCAUUGCU